ACUAUCCAAUAUGUCUGCGCCCAUGAAAAAGCAUGAACUAAAAAAUCUGUUGCUAAAAUUUUGAUAUCUCUUUCAAAAGUGGCAUAAGUGUUAAUCUUUAUUUGUGACAGCCUGGUAUAUAAGUAGCUUUAGCCAUGAAAGAAAAGAAAAAUUUCACGAAAGUAACGAAAAAGAAGGGUAAACAGAACCAAAAUGGUCAGAAAUCAAAUGACAAUACCAGAAAACAAAAAUUAUUCAAAAUAAAUUUAGUGAAUGAUAAGUUAACUCGAAAACAAAAGAGAAAAGAAUUCAGAAAAUUAAAGAAACUGAAAAAAAAUGCAUUUCAUAGAAAAGAGGAGAUGCCAUCGUUAGAUGUGUACCUUGAACAGAAGAAAAUAAAAUUCCAAACAGAAAUAGAGCAGAAGAAGAAGAAAAAAGAAACAAUACAAAACAAAAUCGCCAAAUUAAAAGAAAAGAAGAUUAAGAAAAAGGUUAAGAGAGAAGCUGAGAGAGAAAGGUUGAAUGCUGAAAGAGAGGAAGAACAAGAAAUGAAAAAAAUACAGAAAGUGGAAGAGCAAUCAUUAAAAGAAUUGGAGAAGAAAUUGAAUCUGAAUAAAAGACGAAAGACUUUGCCUCAAGGAUUUAUUAAUGAUGGGUUGGAUUAUUUAUUAGAGGUGGUAGAUGGGAAAACAGAUAUUGAUUAUGAGAAAGAAAAACCUGAUUGGUUAACAGAAUCAGAUGAAGAAGAAAUACUGCCAGAUAUGGAAAUGGAAGAUGACGAUAAAGAUGAAGAUGAUUUAAUGGAAGAGCCUAGCGAUGAUUCUGAUGAGGAUGCUGAGUCAGAUGACCAAAAUAUCAUAAGAAGACUCCCUAUUAUGGAUGAAAGUGGUUCAGAUAUGGAUGAUAGUGAUAAUGAAUCAGAUGAAGACACAAAAACAAAACCUAAAUCAAUUUUAAAAACUAAAAAACUUUCUAAGAAUGAAUCUAGUGAUCAGAAAUCUAUUUCUUGGAGAGAAGAAAUAGAAGAACCUUUAGUGAAAAAGAAGAAAACUAAAGUGAAAGGAAAGGAUGAUGCAGAAACCUCAGAUACUAAGCUGAAAGUUGAAGAUGAUGGCAGUGAUGGUGAGUUUGAAGAAGAUAUAUAUGGUCGUCUUAAGAAAAAAAAGAAACUGAAUCAAGAAUCAGAAUCUGAAGAAGAAUUGCAGGAAGAUAUUUAUGGGCGUGUUAAAAAUUCUAAGGGUGAUGUUUUAAGCUCAAAGAGUGAGAGAAAGGGAGGUGGGGGAGCCUAUAUUCCUCCUGCACGUCGAGCUAUGAUGAUGGGAGAAAGUGAAAGUAGAAAACAGGUGUUAGAAAAGUUAAAGAAACAGCUUAAAGGUUUAAUAAACAGAGCGAGUGAGGCCAACAUUCAGUCAAUAAGUAACCAAAUAGAAGAACUCCACAUAACUUAUAGCCGUGCAGACAUUAGUCAAACUCUAAAUCAACUUAUAAUGGCCGCUUGUAUCUCACCAACCUUGACCCCAGAGAGAUUAUGUCAGGAAUUAGUGCUAUUGGUAGCUGUUCUUCACAAUAAUGUUGGCAUGGAAGUUGGUGCACAGUUUCUACAGACUCUAGUGACAGAAUUGGAUGAAUUAUUUAACAAGUCAAAUUAUGGUGUAGGAAAAACCAUGGAGAAUAUCUUGAUGUUGAUAACAACUCUUUAUAACUAUCAGGUUGUUCACUGUAACCUUGUGUUUGAUAUUAUAAAAAGAUGUCUUCUAUCAUUCAAUGAAAGAGAUAUAGAACUUUUAUUAUUUAUAUUAAAAAAUGUUGGCUUUACUCUGAGGAAGGACGAUCCUGUUAAACUGAAGGAAAUUAUUCAACUGAUGCAGUCUAAAGCAACAGAUGUUGAUAAAACCACGAUAGUGGAAAAAAGUCGUGUGCAGUUCAUGUUGGAAAUAAUUCUAGCCAUCAAAAAUAACAACAUGCGCAAAAUACCUAACUAUGAUCCAACCCGUGUGGAACAUCUGAAAAAGCUUUUAAGGAAUUUUACACGUGGAGGUAAUUUAUCAAGUAAUCAGUUAUGUAUUAGUCUAGAAGAUUUAUUACAAGCUGAUAAACAAGGAAAAUGGUGGUUAGUUGGAUCUGCUUGGUCAGGUAGAGAUACAACACAAGAUGUAACAGCAGCUACUGAAUCUGUCAGUAAAACCUUAAGUGAAGCAAAUUCUGCUUUACUAGAACUGGCACAAAAACAAAGAAUGAAUACAGAUACACGAAAGAGUAUUUUCCUUAUUUUGAUGACUAGCGAGGAUUUUGUUGAUGCUUUUGAGAAGUUACUUGGUCUUGGUUUAAAACAUCAACAAGAAAGGGAGAUAAUUCAUGUGAUUAUGUCAUGUUGUUUACAAGAAAAGGAAUAUAACCCAUAUUAUGCUUAUCUUAUUAUGAAAUUCUGUCAGUUUGAUAGAAGAUUCCAGAUGACAUUACAGUUUUAUUUAUGGGACAAAUUUAAAGAGAUGUCAAAUCUGUCCAUUAAAAAUGUUCAUAAUUUAGCUAGUGUAGUCAAUCAUCAAUUGGUUCAACAGGCCGUUAAUCUCUCUAUACUUAAAGUUAUAGAAUUUGGAACAUUAGAUAAAGCCAUGGUGAACUUCCUUAGAAUUAUGUUAGAACAGUUGUUAUUGGAUAAUUCUUCGGAAGUGAUAGAAUCUAUUUUUCUUAAGGUGUCUGUGAAUGAUAAACUUCGCCAUCUCCAGGAAGGACUUAAGUUAUUCUUAGUGCAUUUCUUAAUUCGAAAAAAAGGAAAAGACAAAACAGGGCCAGCGUUAGCUGAAAAAGUUGCAAUAGCAGAAAAAGCUCUUAAUGAGGGCCAAAGAAAAAUGUUGUUAUAAUGGUUGAUCUCCGCAAAAUUAUGAAAUUCCUUAAAAAUGACAAUAAAAAGGGAAAACUGUAAAUAA